CACUCGUCGGUUUUUCCGAUGAGUCAUCCGAUUGAUAGUGCACAGUUUUAACUUGUUGAUACGGACAUGGCGGACGCUGCAGACAGUGAGUUGCCAAAUGCGUGGAGAAAGUGUCACGGAUGGGAUGGAGAGAGUGUUAAAGCUCUUGCAAACCGCGUGCUACAGUAUGAACCCCCCUACGGAGUGAAGAGAGCCCGAAUACUACUAACGGGAACAGUUGGCUCGGGGAAGUCAAGCUUUUUUAACGGUGUGAAAUCGGUAUUCAGGAACCGUAUAGCUACACAAGCUAUGACUGGUGCCAGUGCCCGAAGUUUAACAACAAAGUUCAGGACCUACGAAAUUCGGGCCACGGAUGGGACCCCUCUGAAAUUCCAGUUGUGUGACACCCCUGGUCUUGAAGACGGUCAAGGACUUGAGCCGGUAGAUUUCCAGUUUCUCUUGGACGGAAAUGUUCCUGACGGCUUUCAGUGCCAUCCCAAUACAAGAAUAACUACCAAUAUACCAGGAUUUGUGAAGACUCCAAACAUUUCCAACUCCAUCCAUUGUCUCGCUUUUGUCAUUGACGCGGCAACCGUCUCAGUCAUAUCGGAGACAAUUAAAAAGAAACUGGUAGACAUCAAAGAUCUGGCCCUGUCGAAAAAUAUCCCGUGCUUGAUAUUGCUGACAAAGGUUGACAAAGUGAGCCAGAUAGCCGAUGUAGAUCUCUCCAAAGUUUAUCUGAGCAAAGCCCUGCAAGACAAGGUCAAACAAGUCGCUGACCUUCUGGGAUUGCCAGAAUCACAGGUGCUCUUGGUGAAGAACUACUGCAAAGAAGUGGAGCUGGAUGCUAGUGUCGACGUUCUCACUCUCACGGCGAUACAGCGAAUGCUUGGGUGUGCGGACGAUUACUUCGAUGAGCUUGCAUCCCAGCAGUGUUCUGACAACUUUGAGAACGUGCAGCUUGGCCUGCAAGCCAUUUAAAAUUUGUAUUGCUGUGGCAGAUAUUGAGCGAAUUUUUU